CAUAUCGCGGGUGAGGUGUAUGCGGCGGUCUUGGAUACUGUGGAGGCUAUCGUGGGUGCUGUUAAGUGGCUGUUCAACGCCAUCAAAACGGCUAUUGAGGCUAUCAUCCGCUUCGUCCAAUUUCUCUUUGAGUGGGACGAUAUCCGGCGCACCAAGAACAUCCUACACAACCUCGUUAUCUUGGGCACAAAGAACCAGAUCAGCCAGUUGUCCCAGAUUAAAACUGAUUUCAAUUCCAGUGUGGCUGCUGUGGAGCAGAGUGUCAACUCCUGGGCUGGGUUCGAGGAAUGGUCGAAGCUCGGGGACCCUGCCAGCGAGACGGCGGCGGGCAGCAGCGCCAAUCCAGCGGAGGGCCAGACAUCAGGCUCACAGCUUCUGUCCUCCCAUUUCCGCAACCAUGCCAGUGAUCUCACUAUCGUCGGUGAUGCUCCCUCGGCAAGCGUGGCUGAAGACCUGGUCACUAAGCUGCUAGACGCGCUGUCCGCAGAGGGGGAGGUCCUGGGAGAUUUCUACAGCCGACUGAAGAGUUUAGCUACCGACUUCAGCUCACUGAGCAUUGAGGAGGUGCUGCGGCAUCUAGCCGGCAUAUUCGUGGACGGAUUACUGUCCAGCGCGCAGGUAGUAGUGGAUGCAUUAAUUGAUUUCAUCCAAAGCUUUGCCGAUGAAGCCAUGUCCCUGCUGGAUGCUAAGCUCCAUAUCCCCGUUAUCUCUGAUAUCUUGAACUUCCUGGGCGUCCCUGAUAUCUCUUUCUUGGACCUUUUUAUGUGGAUCGGAGCUGUCGCCUACACCGUUGUAUACAAGGUGGUGAACAACGAGCCCCCAUUUCCCGACGAUGACAACUCCGCUGCUCUCAUCGCCGCGAGCAGCUGGGACGAGUUGGAACAGUUGUUAUCUUCAACAUCAACUGCCCCACGCGCGCUCUCCCCAACCGUCCAGCAGUCCAUUUUCACGUCCGCCAAUGCAAUGAGCGGGAUGAUCUUAUUCAUCGGCAACAUCGUUCUAGUCCUGGAGGCAGAGGCGCCGACGGCGGGUAACACCCUCAGCUCGUUGGCAGCGGUCAUCAAGCUCAUAGUUGUGGCAAGCGUGGGGGCCGGAAACCUCCUGGCACCGAAGGAUCCUAUCAAAGACUCAGGUAUGAAGGUACUGUCGCGCGUUUGCUUUGGACUGGACAUCGCCACCAGCUUUCUUGGAUUCACACCCGUGUAUGGCAAGCUCGCGACUACCACGAGCAAGUUCCCAGAUUUGUUGCCGAGUGACGGACGGGCUGUGAGUGCUGUCUUCAAGUCACUUCUCCUCAUCCCCAAGUUGAUGGUUACAUCGUACCACUUGUAUGAACUGACCAGCGAAGAGGCUGGUGCGGCGCGGUCUGCGGCUAUCGUUGGGGAGGUAGCUAACCUCACCGGAGCGGUGGCGACGAUCUCUUAUGCGGCUGCAGUGAAUGAUAAGGAACUGGAAAGCCGACAGGUUCCGAUCGGGAUUAUGGCGCUGUGUGUUGAUCUUUGGUCUGGAUUGCUGGUUGCUGAUGCAUUGAUCCAUUGA